AUGGUGCUGGAGAGGCUCAAGGCCAAGCUGCAGCGCUGGGGCAGGCAGCUCUGCUACUCCCUGCUGCUGCUGCUCUAUGCAGCGUGGCCUGCCUGCCUCACCCCUCCUCUCCGUUACAGGCUGGUUUUUGGGAUGCUAUACCCUGCCUAUGCUUCCUACAAGGCCGUGAAGACCAAAAACAUCCGGGAAUAUGUCCGCUGGAUGAUGUACUGGAUCAUCUUCGCCCUCUUCAUGGCCACCGAGACCUUCACCGAUCUGCUCAUCUCCUGGUUUCCCUUCUACUAUGAGAUUAAGAUGGCCUUCGUCAUCUGGCUGCUGUCCCCCUACACGCGGGGGGCCAGCCUGCUCUACCGCAAAUUCGUGCACCCCACGCUGUCCCGCAAGGAGAAGGUAAGGGCUGCCUGGUUUUGGGGGGCUGGGUCCCAUAUGCCCUGUGGGGAGGUCUCAGCUCCCACCAAAGGGGGCCCCACCCGGGCAGCCACCGCCGCGGUCCAGGCAGCCACCAAGAGUCAGGGUGCAUUGGUCGGGCGUCUCCGCAGCUUCAGCAUGCAGGACCUGCGCUCCAUCCCCGACGAGACCCCUGUGCACUACCGGGACCCCCUGUACCUGGAGGAGCAGGAGAGCCACCACCAGCAGCUGCUGGCCUACAGCAGCCCCUUGGCCAGCCGGGUGUAUGAAAGUGAGACGGAGGACGAGGAGCUGUGGUCAGACUUGCAGGUCUCGCCGGUGCCAUCACCCCGAAAACCCAUCUCCCGCAGCCAGAGCCUGCGCACGGUAAAGAGGACAGCGUCGGCCAAAGAG